CCGCGUGCAGGCUCCGUCAUCGUCACAAGGAAUUGCACAGAGAGAGACGGAGAGAGAGAGUUGCAGAGAGAGAGGAAAGGUGGAAGAAGAGGAGGUUUCAAAAGCUCGUAUUGUUCAGAGAAAUUGGGGUUAUGAUUCCUUAAUCUCUUGUGAAUCUAUUUGAAAUUUGUGCAUUUUGAAAGAACGAUCGCGCUAGCAGAUCGGCCCCGAAUGAUCACUUUGUUUUGGAUAUAAUUUGAUUCAGUGGCCUUGAAUCUCGAUUGGUGAGGGAGCACGUUAAUGUUUUGCUUUAUCUUUGAAUUUUCCUUUACCUUGGCUGUUUACGAAGUGUAAAAAUUGGCUCCGCAACGCCGCUCACAGCGCCACAUGGGUGGCCAGAUGCAACAGAGCAAUGCCGCUGCUGCGGCUGCUGCUCUGUAUGAUCAUCCGGGAGGGACGUCCCUGCACAACGCAGGCCCUGCAAGUGAUGCUGGCGAUGCGGUCAUGGCACGGUGGCUCCAAUCUGCAGGAUUGCAGCAUCUGGCCUCUCCUUUGGCUUCAACUGGCGUUGACCAUCGUCUUCUUCCAAACCUCCUCAUGCAGGGUUAUGGAGCACAAUCUGCUGAAGAAAAGCAGAAGCUUUUUAAAUUAUUCCGAAACCUCAACUUGAAUGGGGAGUCUGGUUCUGAACCAUAUACCCCAACUGCCCAAAGCUCGGGAGUGGCUGCUAUAACAGAGGGUUUCUACUCCCCUGAACUCAGAGGUGAAUUUGGAGCCGGUCUUUUGGAUCUUCAUGCUAUGGAUGAUACCGAGCUUCUUUCUGAGCAUGUUAUGUCAGAACCCUUUGAGCCUUCACCUUUCAUGCCUGUUUCAAAGGGUUUUGAGGAUGACUUUGAUGGAACUAGUAGCAGGCAACAAAGAGUGCAAACAGAUGUCUCAACUAGACUACCAACAAAUGAAAAAGAGGCUAGCAUAAAAGAGAGCAACGUGGCUAAGAUUAAAGUUGUGGUGCGGAAAAGACCUUUAAACAAGAAGGAAUUAUCUAGGAAGGAAGAUGAUAUUGUAACAGUGUCUGAUAAUGCGUACUUAGCCGUUCAUGAGCCAAAGCUAAAGGUGGACUUGACUGCAUACGUGGAGAAGCAUGAAUUUUGUUUUGAUGCUGUUCUAAAUGAACAUGUUACCAAUGACGAGGUGUAUCGUGCGACUGUAGAGCCAAUUAUUCCUACCAUAUUUCAGAGGACAAAAGCAACAUGCUUUGCAUAUGGGCAGACAGGUAGUGGCAAGACGUUCACCAUGCAACCUCUGCCUCUGAGAGCUGCAGAAGACAUUGUUAGAUUGUUGCGUCAGCCAACAUACCGUAAUCAGAGAUUUAAGUUGUGGCUUAGCUAUUUUGAGAUAUAUGGUGGGAAACUCUUUGAUCUGCUCAGUGAUAGAAGGAAACUCUGCAUGAGAGAAGAUGGCCGGCAACAAGUUUGCAUUGUUGGACUACAGGAAUUUGAGGUCUCGGAUGUACAGAUUGUUAAGGAAUACAUAGAGAGAGGAAAUGGAGCAAGAAGUACAGGAUCUACUGGUGCGAAUGAGGAAUCUUCCAGAUCACAUGCUAUUUUACAACUUGCCAUCAAGAAGCACAGUGAGGUAAAUGGAUCUAAAAGGCAGAACGAUGCCAAUGAGUCCAAGGGAGUGAAGGUUAUUGGGAAGAUAUCUUUUAUUGAUCUUGCUGGUAGCGAACGAGGUGCUGACACUACUGAUAAUGACAGACAAACAAGGAUUGAAGGAGCAGAAAUUAACAAAAGCCUUUUGGCCCUCAAGGAGUGCAUCCGUGCUCUUGACAAUGAUCAGAUUCAUAUCCCAUUUCGUGGGAGUAAACUCACUGAGGUGCUCCGUGAUUCCUUUGUUGGCAACUCUAGGACUGUUAUGAUAUCCUGCAUUUCUCCAAAUGCAGGUUCCUGUGAACAUACACUCAAUACAUUGAGAUAUGCAGAUAGAGUUAAAAGUCUCUCCAAGAGUGGGAAUGCUAAGAAGGAUCAGGGUGCAGGUUCGUUGGUGGCAGCUAGUAAGGAAUCUUCUUCAGCAUCAUCUUUGGCUGUUGCUGUUGAGCUGGAGGAUGUUUAUAGCCAAACUCAAGAAAUGAAAAUGGUGGAUAUGGGUAAAAAGGUUUCAGAGAGAGAGAAUCUCUCUUACAAUUCUGGUGCUGAUUUUGGGAGAGAAUCUAGUUUACCAUCGAAUUAUCCCUCAAGUGGAAGGGAGGAAUCUGGGGUGGUGUCUGGUUCAUUGGACAGAGAUAGGUUCAACAGCAAAUCUACUUUUGCUGGUUCUACUAGCCAGAAACCUUAUUCAUCUACCCCAAACUCAAAUGGUAUGCUGGAGGAGAAAGUGCAAAAGGUAUCUCCACCUCGUAGAAAAGUUUUUAGGGAAGAAAAAUCAGAUAAACAAAGCAACUGGCCUAAAAAGGAUAGUGGGGAAUCUGACUUGUCCUCAAGUUACAAGCCGCAACCUACAUAUGAUUCUAAUCCAAACAAUAUUUCUUCAAGACGGUAUGAACGGGAACCACCCUGCCAAGAUGGAGAUAUCAAUGCAAUACUUGAGGAAGAAGAGGCUUUAAUUGCUGCGCAUCGAAAAGAAAUUGAAGAUACUAUGGAGAUCGUCCGUGAAGAGAUGAAACUAUUGGCAGAAGUGGAUCAACCAGGAAGCCUGAUAGACAACUAUGUGACCCAGUUGAGCUUUGUGCUGUCACGUAAGGCAGCAGGUUUGGUUAGCCUUCAAGCUCGCCUUGCAAGGUUCCAACAUCGUCUAAAAGAGCAGGAAAUACUUAGUCGGAAGAAAGUCCCUCGUUAAGAUGUUUGGUGAGGUCCCUUCACCUGCCAGCCACUCAAAGCUGCCUUUAAAUUUUACCUCUCAACAAUGGUGGCACCAUUCACGCUUGUAACCCCGAAUUUCUUUGUAUUUUGUUGCCUUGUACAAAUAUUUUGACAACGUCUUCAUUGGUUCGCUUCUUGGAGAUUAUUUUUACUUGGAACCAAGCCUUCGCACCAGCAGUUUCUGUUCCCUUGACACAGUUUUCCAAGCAAGGAGCCAUCUUAGAAAGGAGUUGUGGACGGAGAGCCAAGAUAUAGCUUUGGCUGGUUGCUUGAUAUGCUCAGGUUUGUGGCCUCGGAGAUGAUUGUGUAGUCAAAUGUGUUAUUUCCGAUGAAGUUUGCUAUGUUCGUCUCUUCAUGAGUUUAGAUGGCUUUUAGGACAAUGGACUGUUUUGACUAUUGAUUUACGACUGAAAAUGAUAAAUGAAACACACAUUAUACUUUGAUUCAAUUCAAUAAACAUAUAAAAGAGUUGUGUAAAA